AAGAGAGAAUAUAGUAUGGGUUGUGUCAAACAAUUUGAUUGAUGAGGGUCAUAAAAGCCAUCUGUUCUGGACACCUGUUUGUACACCCCCUUCCCCUCGCUGUACACCCCGGUGACCUAGAUAUGAACUUAUGAACCUAAGAUGAACUUACGACCCUAAGAAGGAAUUUCGGUGAGGGAGGGUGAAAAUGUGUUGGAAGCUUUUUUUUGUUAAACUCUGAAAAGGGUGAAAUCAUGAAAAUGGUAUAAGGGGUUUUUUUAUUAAUCUUUUAAGUACACAGUGCAUUUCAAGAAAAAGCUUAUACACACAUACAAGGUGGAAACGAUGUAAUGCUCGUUUUUCAUAGUUGGAAGAGUGUAAAACGUCGUUAAAGUUGUAACAAAUAAAAAAGAAAAAAAAAUAGGUUACUGGUUAUUUAUCUAAAACAACUAAACAAGUCAAAACCAUCAGAUGUGUUUUCGUUAAGCAGCACGUGAAAAAGAUAUGAGAGCUUGUAAAAAUUUAAAAAGGUGUUUUGUUACCAGCUAGAAAAGAAAGCAUUUAGCAUUUGUACCUUACCUCAAACUGAAAAAGAAAUGAAUGUAAAGCGGCGAUACAAACCAGAAAACUUGGUGUUUGUCAUAAUGUGAGAAAAAGUUAAAACAAAAGAAAAAAGAUGGUAGGCAUUAUGCGAUCUAAAAUAAAAUCCAUCAGACAAGAAACUUGUCAAAUCUAUGUUGUACUUUACCACUAACCACCAUUUUAAAAAAUCGAGAGUGUUACUGACAGAGAGUUAGACGAAAGAAAAAAAGAUCUCACAGCAAAGUGUCAAGGCAUCUCCGUUGAGCGAUACUGACAGCACCGCAGACACAGUUAGAAUGAGGCUCGGGGAAUGCUCCGGAAAAAACCACACCUCCGGCGCUAGAGACUGCCCCUGCUGUAGGCGUGAUUGCUGUGUCAAAUAGAUUUAAAUGUUAAAAUAAUUAAACUAAGUAGUUUUUAAUAAAUAGACAUCAGGCCUUAAUUAGUGAAAACUUUAAAUCCGUUUAAACAUAAGAUCAAUUUGUACUUUUUAAAUGAUGUAGCUUUAUGCGAUUUUUAUUUACUUUUAGUCUUUAAAAAAUACAAAAUAAAAAAAUAAUAAUAAAAAACAGCACUGAAAAAAGCAUUAUUUGUUUUUAAUGUAUUAAGUUAAUUACGCUAAUCUACGACUAGUCUAAAUUUAGACUAUUGCCGUCGAUAUAUCUUUUAUUUUUGUCAAGCUUAAUUUCUCAAGCUAUGGAAAUUAACACACACACACACACACACACACACACACACACACACACACACACAGCCACCCAUUCACACUUUCCUUCUGCCGAGUUUGUGUCGUGUUAUCUAGUAAAUAAACCAUACAUAUGUAGUUAAAAGUAUACCCAUUUAACAAUAUGACAGGAAAGAAAUAUCUCGUCUCAGGUCGUGCAGCGAAACGUGACCGUGCCGCGCAUCUGGUGUCUGUGUGAUGUCGCCUGCAUAUCAGUUAGACAUCAGCGGGGGUAAAAACAUCUAGGUUUUUGGGGGUUUGCAACUCGACUGUAAUCUAAUUAGUUUUCCGAGGGGGUUCUGGUGUUGUAAAAGAUCUGCUGCAGGUCAACUAAAGUUUAAAAAAAAUUGUGUGUAAGUGCUCAGGGAUCAAAGACUCAACAAAUUUAAACUUUAUGGCUUAGGCCUGUGAUCACAAGGUUAUCUGACAGUUCAUUUAGUGGGUCAAAAGGAUGUGAAAUCUUUUAACAAGGCAGACCAUAUAGGAAGAUGUAGUUUAAUUGGAGUUAAUUUAGUUUAUUUUAGUUACAUUUAUAAUUUUUAUUAACCCCUAGAUCUUUCAACCUCAACAUAAUUGUACCGAGAAUGCAAACAAGUGCACAAACACAACCAUACAAUCAUAAACACACACACACACACACACACACACACACACACACACACAGCCACCCAUUCACACUUUCCUUCUGCCGAGUUUGUGUCGUGUUAUCUAGUAAAUAAACCAUACAUAUGUAGUUAAAAGUAUACCCAUUUAACAAUAUGACAGGAAAGAAAUAUCUCGUCUCAGGUCGUGCAGCGAAACGUGACCGUGCCGCGCAUCUGGUGUCUGUGUGAUGUCGCCUGCAUAUCAGUUAGACAUCGGCGGGGGUAAAAACAUCUAAAGGUUUUGGGGGUUUGCAACUCGACUGUAAUCUAAUUAGUUUUCCGAGGGGGUUCUGGUGUUGUAAACGGUUUUUAAAAAAAAAAUUGUAUUUAUUCAGGGAUCAAAGACAAUUUAAACUUUAUGGCUAAGGCCUGUGAUCGUGAGGUUAUCUGACAGUUCGUUUGGUGGGUCAAAUGGGUGUGAAAUCUUUUAACAAGUCAGACAAUACAGGAAUAUGUAGUUUAAUUCGAGUUAAUUUAGUUUAUUUUAGUUACAUUUAUAAUUUUUAUUAACCCCUAGAGCUUUCAGCCUCAACAUAAAUGUACCGAGAAUGCAAACAAGUACACAAGCACUCACACGCACACACACGCAUACACACACACACACACACACACACACACACACACACACAUACAACACUUAUGAGAUUUUUAAUUUAAGACUUUGACUUAUUAAGAGCUUUGAUUUCCAAUGUAAGAUGAAAUAACUAUUAAAUGCAAACGAUUCGCAAUACUUUGCGGGGGCAAAUGCUACACAGAUAUCAAUGCAUUGAUUUUGGGUUUGUUAAAAAGCUUUGCAUUUCAAACAAAUGAAGUUAAUGCCGUAUCUAACCCCGUCGAGAUGAAAGGGCGUCUUUACGCACCAGGAUCCGUGAUAAAGACCAGACGGUGUCUGAUGCAGAUCAGUCAGGUAACAGAUACAUUCAGUCAAGUUGUAAAACAUACAGGCGUAAAUAAAUCAACGUGUAUGUGUAUUAAAGAUUUAUGUUAUUAGGGUAUCUUCUUCUGAAGUUUAUUAUAUUUAGAGGCGUUCUCAAGAGACGCCCACACGGGGGUACCCAGGCUUUAAAAACUAAAAGUUUUGUCAUACUGAUUACCUGCAAAAUUAACUUCAAGUCGUGCUACGCCACAAUAAACAAUAACGAAACAAUGGCGGACAACUACCAGGGUGAGUUUUUUAUUUUUAUUUUAUUCAUUUUAUUUUAUACAAAUGAUUUAAAUAUAUUUUAAAGUGAAUAUUUGUUUAAUGUAUGGUGGAUGAUUUCUAGACGGUUUCGAGAAUCAGGACUUCGAUGAAGGUUUGGAUCAGAUCCUUGAAGAGUUAUUUGAUGAGAACGUGUUGUUUGCUUGUGAUGAACCCGGUGCUGUUAAUAACGACGAGCAAGAUGUUGGCAACAAUCAGGAGCUGAUAACCCCUCCAGAAAACGUUGCGCAAGAAGUUGAGAUUAGCACCGAAUCACAACACGCCCUAGGACACGUCACAAAGCCUGCCUCCGCCGACGCGCCGGAUCCCGAGGGUGAUUCUCACAAUCUCCCAGAUGUCUCAAACGUACGCACCGAAGCUAGCGUUACGUGUAGAGUACGACAUUCGGAGGGCCAGGGAGUGAAACGUCUGAGGUUACCGGAGUGGGGAACAGACGAUGUACCAAGCACCAGUCGUUUAAGGACUUCGGAGAAUAACGAGCAGCGAUAUGAUGAAGGAGGGGUGACAGCUUGGAGCGAUUCUAUGGUGAGCGCGUGGGAUCGUGCGUCUUUUAGCGAUUCGGCAAGCGAAGAGGAGACGGAAGAAUUGCCUAACGAAGACCCUCAAGAGCUGUUCCGUGAACGUGAUUUAAAUAGAAGGCUUGAUUAUGAUAUGCUUCGCCGUGUUAAUCGACGGUUUGGCACACUUUUCGAUUUGAGCGGUCAAGCAUUGUCCUAUCGAGGUGCAGAAGAGAUCGUGGGUAAUGCUCAAAGUGAUGUGGUAGCGAUUUUGAGGAACAUCAUCGAAUGCCAACAACAGCUGAACGAAUCCUUACGUCAUGCAGCCGAAUUUUGGAGGAGUUGUCACGAUCAACUAUAUGGUGAAUUUCGUCAGUUUCAACAGCGUAUGAACGGGGUACCGGGAGAAAUCCAUCAGGUACAAGUUGAACAAAAUUUAAUUGUUAAUGCUCUUACUCUGAUCAGUGAACGUUUAAAUCUAAUGCAAAGAAUGUUAUCAGAUUUGUACCAGCGUGAUCAUCCUUGAUAUGUAUUGUCUUGUUGUUUUUAGUAUUAUUAAUUUUUAAAAAAUUUUGGCUUGAAAAAAAAAAAAAAAAGAAAAAAAAAUAUAUUGUUUUUUUAUUUCUUACACGUAUUAUUGUUUUGUUCUAGGUAGUGAAUUGCCAUUAGUUUUUCAUUUAUUAAUAUUGUCUGUUGGGGGGUGCUUUAUAUCAUAUGGCAUGUUAUUGUAUCCCACAUUAGGGUUGUUUUACUUGUGGAGAAAAUAUAUGGUUUUGAAUUUAUAACAGUUGUAUGUUUCUGUUUUGUCAUCUAUAUCGCAUUGUGAACUGGUGUUGGUGUUUUCAGGAGUAUGCACGCUUGUCUUUAAAUUUAAAAAAAAAAAAAAAAAAAAAAAAAAGGUGUUUUCGCUUUUAAAUAAAUAAAAUAAUAAUUCAAAAUGAGUAGUAAAAGAUGUCACGAUGAUUUACAUACCCACGGUUCAGAAGAUGAUCAGAGACCAUUAAGACCCAGAUAUGAUUUUCAAAACAAUACACAACAGUUACACGAAAUUAUUAACAAUCAUUUACAGAUGUUACCGCCUAAUCCUCUUAACAUGAUAGAUAGAUUACACGAGCUAAUAGACGAACAACACGAAUGGUUGGGAGCCGCUGUAGACAGCGAUGUCCAGAUCGGUGCUGGAACUCCUAAUAACGAUCCCUCAGGUUAUGAUCCCACAGCUCCAGAUAUGGGUCUCAGUCAGCAUUACAUAGAUAGACUAGUGAGAGAAGGAGGUAGUGUGGGUGAUUUUACGAUUGUCCCAAGACCUCGAUUUAAUGGUUUAGAAAUUCGCAGAACUUUAAAUUUUCGUGAAAUAGCGACAGAUGAUUUUGCAGCAUACAAUAUAUUUUUACAUGAUAUUUUGAACGAGAUUGUUACACUUUCCAGAUUAUUAGCUGGCGAUGGGGUUUUUUUUAACAUCUCCCUGCAAGGUGCAAGUCUGCCCACUGAUAUUAAUGCAGUUCUAACGCCUGAUAACAAUCAUGACGUUAAUGUAUUUGUAGACCAAAUCGAACGAACCGUUCAAAGCAAUACGGAUGUAGCUUUUGAUACCGCUUUAGAGUUACGUGUCUCUGUAGCGCGAAACAAACAAGGUGGUGUUGGUGCGCGUAGGAAGUUGUCAGAUCUGGCACAUAACCAGGUCAUACAGAAAAAUAGAAUGCAUUUGUUUGCCCCCAAAAAUGUCACAGACAAUAUGUGUUUUAGCAUGUGCAUAGCACACUUUCUAAAUCCUCAGUGUACAGACGCUGAAUUGAUGACAUUAGCCAGAAAUAUACAUACCGAUCUGGGUUACGAUCCACAAGAUAAAAUUGCAUUGCAUGAUGUUUCUAAAUUUGAAGCCUUUCUAGACUUGAAAAUAGUUAUCUUUCACAGAUCAGGUUCAGGUAAAUUGGAAGUGUAUAAAAACACGGAUGAGCCGCAUCACAAGACGUUGCAUUUGUACCUGCAUGAAGAACAUUUUUAUGGGAUAAAAAAUCUGAAAGGUUUCUUAGGAUAUGGGUAUGUUUGUGAGUACUGCUAUCGAGGGUUUAAUGAUCGUAGUCUACAUUAUUGCAAAUUUACAUGUAACGUAUGCAUGAACACGUCUUGCUACACGCAUCCCAAGAAAUCGGUGCAAUGCGAUGAUUGUUUGAGAUACUGCAGAUCUGAUUUAUGUUAUGAAAUGCAUAAACAAACACAAAGUGACGGUUCAAAGUCUCAGUGUGAUAGCAUAAAAUACUGUGAUAAAUGUUGCAGACAGUACAGAACAAAAUGGUCCGGUGAUAAGCUAUUAACGCACAAAUGUGCACCAUCCAGAUGUGUUCAUUGCGCCGAAGUUCUCAUGGGUGAAGAGCAGCACUGUUGCUAUAUUCAGCCAUCCAAACCUAGAGAACAUAGCCAAGACUAUAUUUAUUUUGACUUUGAGACGAUGUAUGAAGACGGUCGUCAUAAGGCAAAUUAUGUUUGUGCAUUAACACAAGCUGGGGAUGAGUUUUCGGCGGAAGGUGUAGAUUGUGUGGAUCAGAUGGUUAAGCAUUUCAGACGUCCGAAAUUUGAGGGUUUCACAUUUAUCGCACACAAUUCUUCAGGUUUCGACUCUUUUAUACUGCUCGAGUAUUUUACUAGUCAGGGACUAACUCCAAAAAUCAUACUCCAAGGGUGUAGACUUGUUUACAUGUACGAUCAAGUUUUUAAACAGAGAUACAUCGACAGCUAUAGCUUCUUGCCCAUGAAAUUGUCAAAAAUGACCUCUGCUUUAAACUUAAACACCAGCGAAAAAGGAUAUUUUCCACAUCAUUUUAAUCGCUUGCAGAAUGCAAACUAUAUCGGUCCGUACCCGUCAAAAGAUUAUUACGGAUAUCAGACUAUGUCUGACGCUGAACGCGUGAAAUUUGAUUCGUGGUACGAAGGUGUAGCAGGAGGAGUGUUUGACUUCAAAAAGCAACUAGCAUUGUACUGUAAGAAUGACGUUGUUUUGCUACGUGAAGGCUGUAUGAAAUACAGAAAAGAGUUUAUAGAAUGUACCAACGUAGAUCCUUUCGGAUGUAUAACACUAGCCGGAUGUGCUAUGAAAGUGUUCAAAACGCUUUUUUUAACCAAAGACACGAUUGCCUUAACGCACAAAAAUGCUUACAUCAAUCAGUACAAAGCUUACUCAAACCCCUCCAUACAAUGGUUGGAAUACAUUAAAGCAAGCAGAAACGUCGAUGUUCAUCACGCUUUAAAUUAUGGCGAAGCCAAAUUUGAACCGUAUCAUGUGGACGGCUAUUAUGAGGCUGAUAAUGGAGAUAAAAUAGCUUUGGAAUUUCUCGGAUGUUUCUGGCACGGGCAUUGUUGUUGUUUUAAUCCUAACGAUUUGAAUCCUGUGUCAAAAACACCUUUUGGCCUGCUCAGAAGACAAUCUGACAAUAAGCUGAACGUUUUGCGUAAUACCUACAAUCUCAAAGUGCACAAGAUUUGGGAAUGUCAGUGGGAGUCUGCUAAACAAAACGAUCCCAAUGUCAUCGCAUUUAUGAGUAAUUAUAAUGCACCAGCGAGACUGAAUCCUAGACAAGCACUUUACGGCGGACGCACGAAUGCACUCCGCUUGUACCACGAGACCGCCGAGGGCGAACGCGUGUCAUAUCUGGAUUUCACAUCUCUAUAUCCGUAUGUACAGUCGUGUAAAACCUACCCUAUCGGACAUCCUGAGAUCAUUUUAAAAGAUUUUGAACCGGUCAAAUCUUAUUUCGGUCUCAUUAAAUGCAGUGUACUGCCCCCACGUAAACUACUGCAUCCAAUAUUACCUGCAAAAUCCUCUCAGGGGAAACUACUAUUUGCGCUGUGUCGUACCUGUGCUGAGACGCAGUAUCAGGGUCAGUGUCAGCAUAGUGAUGACGAGAGAAUCAUUUCAGGAGUUUGGACCUCUGUCGAGCUCUCCAGGGCUAUUGAUAAAGGUUAUUCGGUAGUCAGAAUUGACGAAGUCUGGCAUUUUCCGCAGACAUCAGACACUUUAUUCAGCGGUUAUGUUAAGACGUUUCUCAAAUUCAAACAAGAGGCUUCAGGAUUUCCAUCACACGUAGUGACAGAUGAUGAAAAGGAGUCUUACGUCAGAGAUUAUUUUGAGAAGGAGGGAGUUCACCUCGACCUUGACAAAAUAGCGCUUAACCCCGCACGCAGAUCUAUAAAUAAAUAUUUAUUGAAUUCGCUUUGGGGUAGAUUUGGUCUUAGGUGUAAUCAAGCUACAGCGGAGCUUUUAACAGACCCUGAAGAUUUCGCCCGCUAUAUCUUUGGAAACGGACGUGUCAUUAAACACUUCUCAUUCGUGUCGGACACUGUGGCUUUAGUUCAAUGGUGCUAUGCCGAUGAAGACCCCGCCCCCGCGAGUGAUGUUAAUGUAUUCAUCGCAGCAUUUACCACGGCUUACGGCCGUCUGGAGUUAUAUGAUCUCAUGGAUCAGUUAGGGCCCCGUGUUUUUUAUGUAGAUACAGACAGCGUUAUCUUUGUAUCGAAAGAUGGAGAUUGGAUGCCUAAAACAGGUGCAUAUCUUGGUGAGUUGACGGAUGAACUUGAUGAUGGAGAUUUCAUAACUACUUUCGCAUCAAUGGGACCGAAGAGCUACUCCUUUAAAACCACAAAAAAUAAAGUAACUCUUAAAGCUAAAGGGGUCACGCUACAUUCUGCUAAUGCGAAAAUUGUAACUCUAGAAAGCAUGAUAGGUCUGAUACAGGGCUAUGUAACAUCACGUGACACUAGCCACCUGCUCACUCGCACAGAGACCAUUGUGCGGAAUAAAAAGAAGUUCACUUUGCAUAAUACAGCAGUAUUGAAAAGAUUCAAAGUGGUUUAUGACAAACGCGUGCUACUUCCUGAUUACACCACACUUCCUUAUGGCUACUAAGGGUAUUUCUAACGCACAAAAUGUGUAUGUUGAAGAGGAUUUUGACUUUCGUUUAGAAUAUCCAUUUUCAGUCUUGGUGUCCGGCCCGUCAGGAAGCGGAAAGACUGUUUUUGUAAAGAAUUUAUUGCGUAAUGCAUACAAGUUGAUCAAUGUAAAAAUUGACAGUAUUGUAUUUUUAUACAGUUGUUGGCAACCUUUGUAUGAUGAACUGUUGUCAUUGUAUGAUAUAAAAUUUAUUGAAGGUAUUCCAAAGUCUUUAACCGAUGAAACUUUAAUAAAACCCAAUGUCAAUGUA